AUGGCAUCAUCCAAUCCCUCUCAACAUCUUCAACAAGACAUGGGCAAGCCUACCGUCACCAUUGCGACUCCCACUCCGACAAAGACGUCCAGGAGCCAGUCCAGGAGUCGUCCUAACACACGCCCAUCCUCUCCAGAUAAUGGCAAUGGCAGCGCAAUCUCCAAGUCCAAGACUCCCACCAUGACCAUUGUCAUCAAGCUCGGCACCUCGUCCAUCGUCGCAGCAAAGCCCCCAUAUCCCCCACGUCUCCAGCUGCUCUCGAGUGUCGUCGAAACCGUUGUCAAGCUCCGCGCGCAGGGACACCGAGUCGUACUCGUGUCCUCGGGUGCUAUUGGCGUCGGUCUCCGGCACAUGGGACUCAAGGACCGCGGCAAGGGCCUCAGCCGCAAGCAGGCCCUCGCGGCUAUUGGACAGGGCCAGCUCAUCGCCCUCUGGGACAACCUCUUUGCGCAGCUCGACCAGCCCAUUGCCCAGAUCCUCCUCACACGAGCCGACAUUAGCGACCGCACGCGCUAUCUCAAUGCCCAGAACACGUUCAGCGAGCUGCUCAACAUGGGUGUUGUCCCAAUCGUCAACGAGAACGACACUGUCUCCGUCUCGGAAAUCAAGUUUGGUGACAACGACACCCUCUCGGCCAUCUCGUCCAACAUUGUCCAUGCAGACUACCUCUUCCUCCUCACGGAUGUCGACUGCAUGUACACUGACAACCCUCGCGUUAACCCCAAUGCAAAAGCGGUCCGGGUGGUCAAGGACGUCACCGAGAUCCGGAAGCAGGUGUCGACGGCGACCCUUGGGACAUCCUUGGGGACAGGUGGCAUGGAGACAAAGCUCAUUGCGGCCGAGCUCGCUACGGCGGCAGGCGUCACCACCGUGGUCAUGAACAGCACCAAGGUAGAGGACAUCUUUGGGAUUAUCUCCAGCGGCCCCGGCCCGAACCGCAACGCAGAUGCCACGGAGCACUUGGAAACGGGUCCACUGUGCACGCGUUUCCUGCGGCACGCAAAGGCGUUGAAAGACCGCAAGUGGUGGAUCGCGCACGGCCUGCACUCGGCCGGAACUGUGGUCAUCGACGAGGGCGCUUACCGUGCCGUCGGCAGGCGUGAAUCUGGCGGCCGUCUUCUCCCGGCUGGUGUUGUGCGCGUUGAGGGUCCCUUUGCGAGUCACCAGGCAGUUCGUAUCGUCGUGCGGCGCAAGAAGCGCUUCCCCCCUCCCCCGCUCCUCACGUACCCCGAGAGCGAGGCGGUGACGCCAUCCAGAAUGUCGCCAGAUGGUGGUCCCUCAUCCAUGGACAUGGACUACAUGGCCUCCCCCCUCGCCAAGACGGUGAUCACUGCCGCAGCCGCGAGCAUCGGCAGUGUCGGUAGUGUCGGCAGUGUCGGCAGCUCGCCCGACUCGGCCCCUCAGCCGGGCACCCCUCUGAUCUACCCCACUCUGUCGCUGUCGUCCUCCGUUGCGUCGCUUGACCCACUCAGCCGCACCGCUCCCACCUCGCCAGCCAUGCGCGCCGUCACCGACCGCCUGGCCGUGACCAGCAUCACUGGCGAGCUGCAGUCUAACGACGCCGAUGUCGGCGCGGCUGUUGCGUCCGCUGCUGCCGCUGUCAACGCAACCCCCGUCGAGGAUGAAUGGGAGGAGGUCGAGGUCGGCAAGGGCCUCGCCCAGUACAACUCGCUCGAGAUUGAACGCAUCAAGGGCAUGAAGAGUCGGCACAUUGAGCAGGUGCUCGGAUACUCUGAGAGCGAGCAUGUCGUCGACUCGAUUGCCCUUCUCUAG